AUGCUCGCAGGUCUAGCCUUUCUUUCUCUUUCUUCUCUCCUUGCGACGGGUCAUGCACUGAAAAUUUCCGUUCAACGUCGCGCCGCGGGUCAUUCGGACACCGUCGUCGUCACCAACCCAGCAAACGCGAACAACGUGGGGUUUUCUAGCGCUUGGCAGGCUUAUGGAAGGUACACCAUAACAGUGUAUGUUCAAGGCCAGCCCUUCCAAGUCCACCUCGACACUGGUAGUUCAGGCCUGUGGAUCGACACCUCUAACGUGACAAUUGAUGGAUUCAUUGACACCGGAUACAAUAGUACUGACAUAUAUGUUGAUACGACUGAGUCCUCUGGCCCUAUUGUCAUGGCGAAUGUCUCCGUCGGCCAGUUCUUGGUGGCCCCUUGGUCACUGCUUGGUGUAGCUUCGUCUGAUCAACUCUGCGAAGUCAACGCUAUGGACUCAGAUGCCACUAGUGCAGGCGCCGAUGUCGGUCUGUUGGGGAUUGGUCCCCCACACGCUUCGCAGAUCUAUGGGCGGCUGUACAACUCCUCAUAUAAUGGCGCACCCUUUUUGAAUAACGUAUUCAAUUACUACCCCGACGAACAGGCUUUCAUCACACUUCUCCUGACGCGCUCAAACAUUGGUAUCACCGAGGGUGGUGUCUUCAGUAUCUCGGAGCUCGUAGUGGAUUAUGCAUCCAUUAUCGAUACACCCAAAUUGCUGGUUCAUUCUGACACUGCUUUCCUGACAUUCAUGGAUGGCAUCUACGUCAACGGCGAAUUCCUUACUGGCCACUCGAUAGGAGUGAACGGUACGAGCGCGAAUGCCAUUCCCAACGAAAAUCAGACUCUCGUUGUCCUUGAUUCCGGAACGGCAACCAUUCCUGCCCCGCAAUACUACGUCGACGCGAUAUACGGGAAUAUUCCCGGCGCGAACUUCAGUAGUACCGUGAAUACAUACGAAGUGCCUUGCUCUGCCAAGUUGAACAUCAGCAUGCUAUUCGGCGAUAUUCUGAUUCCCAUUGAUCCAAUCGACGCCACCAUGGUCAAUGUAAACGAUGAUGGCUCGGUGCAGUGCUUUGGUACGUUCACGUACAUGUUUGACGGUACUCCCCUGGCGCUUUACAUGCAGGUCCUCCCUCUGACGGACCCCGACGCGGCCUGGGCAAACUUUGACGCUCUGAACUUGCAGCGUAUCGGGCAGCUCGAGUGGCAGCAGAUGCAGGCGAAUGCGAACAGCACGUCAUCGUAUACUGAGGCUGCAUCCAUGAGCGUGACAUACUCCCUUGCACCACCGUCCGCGGUCCGUACCUCUAUCUCUUCCGUACCUUCUUCUGUCCCUAGCAUGAGCGUGUUCCCGUCCUCUGCAACCCCCAGUUCCUCUCCCAGCUCCCCCUUCUCCAACUCUCCCAGCUCCCCCUCCUCCAACUCUCCCUCCUCCAACUCUGCAAAUUCCUCUCCAGCUACCCCGAGCAGCACCCCCGGCUCUACCGUCAGGCUCAACGCGGACCUCGCAUCGUCGUUGGGAGACUCCUCUUCAGUCAAUCUGAGCGGGCUGACACGCAAUUCAUACAUCAUCAUGGGCCUCAUCGGCGGCGUGCUCGUGCUCCUCAUCGGUGUGCUCAUCAAGCUCGUGAAAAACUCGCGGAACCAGCAGUACCGAGCGGUGCCCAACAUCAUCCGCCCGCCCAUGCACUUCAACGACAAGCCGUACGAGCUGGAGAGCGAAGAUCUCAUGAUGCCGUAUGAUGAUCCCACGCGGCGGUGA